CGACAACUAUAAAGCAUUAUGUGAAAGUUUCAGUGAAAAAAGUGCUUUUAAAGUGCAAGAAGCCGUCUGAAUAGUUGAUUUGUUUCUGUAGUUUGUUUUUGUUGGUAUACCCUUGACUUGACGCCAAGGGCAAGGUUUAAAAAGAUCUAUAAGCUAGUACGUGGGUUCUAUGCAGUAAGGGCGCGUUCCCACUUUUUAAUGAUCUCCUUCAUUUAGUAAAUGAACACACACAUUAAUUUUCUACAUUCUUGCCAGUUCUUUUCCAUAGAUCAAACUUUUUUAACCCAAUGCCUAAGUUGUAUGUGUAAACUAAAAUCUUUAGUUUUCAGCCUAGGCUAUGUGUUUACAGUUGGUUACCGAGCAGCUUUAUCUCAGAAAUUAAAGAAGCUGUUUAACAAAAUAUAGUUUAAUUUUUUGGUAUUACUCGAUUUAUGUAUCACGAUACGCACUUAAGACUGCAAAAGCCUCAAACUCGUCUAACAAUAAAAUAAUUGGCAUGCAACUUUACCAGACAAGUGUACAUAAACAUAGUCCAUACAAGCCGUUACAGUGUAUAGUCCGGGGCUAAUGGCUUCAUCACGGUUGACGGCAGAUGACCGCGCCUGAUUAUAUCUGCACCAGAGGAUGUUCACACCUAUUCCCGUUAACAUCCCACGCUUAGAUGCCCUAGGAAAUACAUAGAUCCUACGUAUCAAAGAUUUUGUAAAUCAGUUUUAUGUAGAUUUUACAUGAUAGAGUAAACGAUUCAAAGAAACUUUAAUAAAAAAUAAGUCCUCUUUGAGAAAAUUAUUUACAACUAAUUAAAACUAACUAUAACAGACCUAGUUAUUUACCUACGAUCGCUCGAUCCGGUACUGGGAGCGUGCUAAAGUGGGUUGGCAGUUUUGCCACACUUAAUUUUUCUUAAUCUGUCUUUGAUUUCUUCUUGAUUCACGGUAUCUGCUGCUCUAAGGUUUAUGCUGUUUAUUUCUUCGGGUACUCAAUUGCAUUUCACUUUUAUAUUCGUACCUAUUGCCCCCUUUCAGUCAAACAGAACUUAGUGUUUGAUAUAGAAAGCAACUCAUCAAAAUUUACUACGUACGAUUCGGGCGUAUUUCUUCCUGAAAUCGGCAACACCAUCAAAAUACUCUCCAAAACAUUUGACUACCACAAUUAUUACAAUAAGAAAUUGUCAAUAACUUUUCUCACAUUGGAAACAAACCGAGGAAGUUGAUAUAAUGGUGUUUUGUUAUAAAGUAAUAACAGAGAGCCCUCGCCGAGGCCUGUCUCCGAGGAAGAGGUCGCCAACAGCCUGCAGUAAUGUACCAAGUUCCAUAUCGCAGUUGAUUCGCGCAUACGACUAUGAGACGGACACGGAACUUCUGGACGCCAUCCCAGAGAGGGAAUGGCGUCUGCUGGCAGCUUUGGCGAAGAAGAGGGAGGAACAUGAGGAACGAGAAAAACUGGCCGUCCAGUUCCGCAAGCUGUGGCAGCGGGAGCAAGAAGAGAGGAAAAUGGUGGAAGCGGAAACCUCAGAGCAAUACAAGCGCUACAUCGUAGGAAAGCGACGGGAGGAGCAGAACCGGCUGGAGUUCAAGCAGCACCUCAAGUCUGUGGAGCAGCAGCUCAGGAGGCGAGAGCUCAUGGACACCAUCAGGAACAAAGAACAGCGCAGCGCCAACCUGUUAGCAAUGAUCGAUGACCAGAAGACAAGCUUCAUAAUAGACAAGGCUUUAGAGGACGAGGCGCGCGCGCAGCUGGCCGCCGACCGACGCACACGCAACAGCGAGGUGAAAGAGUUCAAGAAGCAUAUAGAACUGAUUGGCACGCAGAAACGCAGUGACGAGGCUAUGAGGAGACGAAAUGCUAUGUUGAAGGAUGCUUCUCAGCGAGUAGCAAUAAGCAACGCUCUCAACCACUGGGAGUCAGCAUUACUUCGUCAAGAGGUAAUAGCAAUGGAUGCCGCCAAGCGAGCGCACCACGCCGCUCACGCCGCGCUCACUGACGCACGAAGCGUCCGACUCCUGCGAGCCAAGGACGCCAGGCGACGCCGCGCGAGGAAACUAGCUUAUGUAACCGAGCAACUAAGAGAUGCUAUACGAUGUAGGGCCUACUGAGAUAGGCCCCCUAUUCUAAAGAUAAGUCUAUGUGAAAAGAAAAAGUUGAUAGGACCCACGUAUAGUGGAUUAAAAAGAAAACUUUAGGGAGUAGAACAAAAAUAAGUAGGUACCUAGGUGCCUAUAGUGGUUGCAAGAUUUUUUGGCACUUAGCAAAGCUGACCUUGGCUGGCGUAACCCUACAAAAAAUUAAAAAUUUUCGUAAUAAUACUGUAAAUUGUGAGUGCCAAAAGGUCUUGUACCAUUGUAGGUAUGUCUCUUUAUUUUUUUAAUUUAUCGCAAAGAUAUCUUAAGCUCCUCCUAAGAAGAUAGGUACAACUUUCAGUAAGUUUACCAACCUCUUUAGUAAGUACAAAAAAUAACAUCGUUGAUCACCGGUAUGUCUAUGGCACUAACAACAGCAUAAGAUUUCGCACGUUUGGUAGUUGAGAUUUCAACACAUAUUCACACAGCUUCCUUUAAAAUUAUAUACAAGUAAUUUAAUAAAAAAAAAAUACAAACAAAUUUUGAAAAAAUCUUGAUAAAUAUGACGAUUUGGAAAUCAGUUCCUUAAACAUAGGAUACGAUUUUGGUUGUCAAUUCAUCAUGUUAAAUACUUGUUUGUGAACUACCUCGUUAUAAUGUGACUGUAUCUAAUAAGUAUUUGUAGGUAAUAAAGUGAACGUAAUUUGUGCAGCGUAUUUUAAUCAAUAAUCACAAAUAAAUUAUUUACAUUUAAA